AUGUGUCCUAAUGGGAAUUGUACCCGCGGGCACCCCGCGCCGGCUUUUACCCCCCCACGCUCGCACACACCGGCUGUCCACGGGUGCCGUCCUCAGCUGGGAAACGUAGGCGCAAAGCCCAUGGGUGGGCAGAGCAGAGUUCCCCCAGCCCAUCCGGGCACCCCCUUGCCCCUGCCCGGUGCUGGAUGCUCGGCGCUGCCGGCAGAGGCGGAGCACGACCGGUCCCUCCCCUGGGCAGUGCCCCGGGCCCGCCCUGUACGGCCCGGGAGGAGCCGCCGCAGGCACCGGCACCGGCACGGCAGGAGCGGCGGCACCGGCGGCACCAUGGCCUCCGAGAGCGAGGCGCAGCGGGCGCUGCAGUAUGAGCAGACCCUGAUGUAUGGCCGCUACACGCAGGACCUGGGCACCUUCGCCAAGGAUGAGGCAGCCCGGCUGCGGCUGCAGCAGAGACACGGAGAAGAGGACACCCCCCGGCCCCGCCGGCCCUCUGAGCUGCUGGAGUACACCCAGGGUCGCUGUGCCCCCUGCCGUGUCUGCGCCUUGCAGUGCCAGCGGUUCCUCAUCUCCAAGGUGGGUGAGGACUGGGUCUUUCUCAUCCUUCUGGGGCUGGUCAUGGCACUGGUCAGCUGGGCCAUGGACUUCGCCAUUGCCACCUGUCUCCAAGCACAGAAAUGGAUGUAUGGGGGCCUGGACACCAACGUGCUGCUGCAGUACCUGGCUUGGGUCACCUACCCCACUGUUCUCAUCACCUUCUCAGCUGGCUUCACUCAGAUCCUUGCCCCUCAGGCCGUGGGCUCAGGAAUCCCCGAGAUGAAGACCAUCCUGAGGGGUGUUGUGCUGAAGGAGUACCUCACCUUCAAGACCUUUGUGGCCAAGGUCAUCGGGCUGACAUGCGCCCUGGGCAGUGGCAUGCCCCUGGGCAAAGAGGGUCCCUUUGUCCACAUCGCCAGCAUGUGUGCAGCCCUGCUCAGCCGCUUCCUCUCCCUCUUUGGAGGCAUCUAUGAGAACGAGGCGAGGAACAUUGAAAUGCUGGCGGCUGCCUGCGCCGUUGGUGUCGGCUGCUGCUUCGCUGCCCCAAUUGGAGGCGUCCUCUUCAGCAUUGAGGUCACCUCUACCUUCUUCGCUGUCCGCAACUACUGGCGUGGCUUCUUCGCUGCCACCUUCAGUGCCUUCAUCUUCCGUGUCCUCGCCGUCUGGAACAAGGAUGAAGAGACGAUCACUGCACUGUUCAAAACUCGCUUCCGCCUCGACUUCCCCUUCGACCUACAGGAGCUGCCCGCCUUUGCUGUCAUUGGGAUCGCAAGUGGCUUCGGGGGUGCACUCUUCGUCUACCUCAACCGCAAGAUCGUGCAGUUCAUGCGCCGCCAGAAGACCAUCAAUCGCUUCCUCAUGAAGAAGCGUCUGCUCUUUCCUGCCCUGGUGACACUGCUCAUCUCCACGCUGACCUUCCCACCUGGCUUCGGACAGUUCAUGGCUGGCCAGCUCACCCAGAAGGACACUCUGGUGACACUGUUCGACAAUCAGACAUGGGCCAAGCAGGGGCUCAGUGACGAGUUUGAAUAUUUGGGCAUCCUGGAAGCCUGGCGUCACCCUCGCUCUAACGUCUUUGUCACCCUCGUUGUCUUCAUCCUCAUGAAGUUCUGGAUGUCAGCCCUGGCCACCACCAUCCCAGUGCCUUGUGGAGCCUUCAUGCCUGUCUUUGUCAUUGGGGCAGCUUUUGGACGCCUGGUUGGAGAGAGCAUGGCAGCCUGGUUCCCUGAUGGCAUCCACACCAACAGCAACACGUACCGCAUAGUGCCAGGUGGCUACGCUGUGGUGGGGGCAGCCGCGCUGUCAGGAGCCGUCACCCACACAGUGUCCACAGCUGUGAUCGUCUUCGAGCUGACAGGGCAGAUCUCUCACAUCCUGCCCGUCAUGAUCGCUGUGAUCCUGGCCAACGCCGUGGCCCAGAGCCUCCAGCCAUCCCUCUAUGACAGCAUCAUCCGUAUCAAGAAGCUGCCCUACCUCCCUGAGCUGGGCUGGGGCCACCACGAGAAAUACAACGUGCGGGUGGAGGACAUCAUGCUGCAGGACAUCCACUACGUCACCCUCAACUGCAAAUACCGGGACCUGCAGCACGUUCUGCAGAGCACCAAGAUGAAAAGCCUGCCGCUGGUGGAGUCUGCUGAGUCCAUGAUCCUGCUGGGCUCCAUCGAGCGGGCACAGGUAGGGGCUCUGCUCGGCCAGCAGCUCAGCCCCCAGCGCCGGCUCCUGGCCUUGCGGCACAAGGUGCUGGCUGAGGAUGGACACCGGCCUUCCGACGCCAGCAUUCGCUUCCAGAUCAGCACAGAGACCUCCUCGGGUGCCCCCACCCGUGUCUCCCCUCGCAAGCCCCUGAAGCCAGCACUGAAGCGGGUGCCCAGUGGCCCAGUCGAGAGCCUCACAACUGGCACCACCGACCAUGCUGGCAUUGCCCUCAAGAACCUCUUCUGUGCCAACACCACCACAGAGCCCACCGAGGCCCAGGGCAUGGCCUAUCGCAAGGCCAAACGCGUCCGUAUUUCCAUUGUGGAGGAGAUGGAUCCAGGUGACAGGAUGACCCCAGCAGAGAUCCUGGAGUGGGAGGAACAGCAGCUGGACCAGCUGGUAGACUUCAGCAGCGCCAAGAUUGACCCUGCACCCUUUCAGCUUGUGGAGCACACCUCGCUGCACAAGACCCACACUAUCUUCUCGCUGCUGGGCCUGGAUCACGCAUACGUCACCAGCAUCGGGCGCCUGGUGGGCAUGGUGUCCCUCAAGGAGCUGCGCAAGGCCAUCGAGGGCUCGCUGACAGCCAAGGGGGUGAAGGUUCGCCCACCACUCGCCAGCUUCCGAGACAGCACCGCCAGCACCAGCGAGCCUGACACCACAGCCCUGCGCCAGCUCUGGGACCGCCACCAGCACCACGCCAUGCCCCGCGAGGCCGGUCCCAGGGGUGAUGAAGACAACAACACUCCCAAGGGCUAA